CAUCUGCCAAAAAAAACCAGACAUAACCACACUUUUUUAAAUAUUGGGGCUUGUUUAUGUGGUGAAAAUACUGUUCAAUUUUCUGUGCAAGCAUGUCGAAGAGAAAAUUUGAAAAUCUGUUUUCCGAACCGUCUAGAAAGCGCCAUGCAGCUGAACCAAACACUAAGAAACACACACUUGAUAGUGAUGAAGAGGACUAUGUGGACGACAGUAAUGUUAUGGAUGAAAAUGAUAUAGAAGGGGAGGAAGAUGGAAUGGCUGGACAAGAUGGUGAACAAAGAAUGACCGCUUUUAACAUGAGAGAGGAACUGGAAGAAGGGCAUUUUGAUCGAGAUGGUCAUUUUAUUUGGAAAAACGAAAAAGAGGUACGCGACAAUUGGCUUGAUAACAUUGACUGGCAUAAAAUAAAACACAAUUCCGAAACUGCCAAUAAAUAUGAUGUGGAAGAAACCGGCAUGGAAGCAAACAGUGACUCAGAAGAUGAAGCUGAAGAACCGUUUGCUGAACUGGAGACCUAUAAAGAAAUCUUAGUAUUUCUCCAGCCAAAAGAGACCAUAAAUAAGGCCAUCAAACGUCUUGGGGGCGAUAUGACUAAACUGUCCAGCGUGGAACGAUUGAGAAGAAAGAAAGCUGGAACAUUGAUAAUAUCUGAAGACGUUACCAAACUAACAGAAUUGGCCAAUCAAAUCCUAACCCGAUUGGGAAACAUGGAUGUGUAUCAGGAAACAUACGAAUUAAUUCAAGCAAAACUGAAAAACAGCAAAGGAAAAAAGUCGGCAAAUGCUGAACCAGAACUCGACAUGUAUGCUGAUGAUUUCGAAGUUAAGGAAAAAGAAAAAUUAGACGACGAGCCGUCAACAAGUGAUAAAACUGCGGAGGGAAGUACUUCCGCAGACAACUUGCAACCCGUUGAGUUAAAAUGGGAGUUCAAAUGGUCGGCAGAUGACGACAAAGUGGAAGGUCCGUUUAGUACCGCCCAAAUGAUCAAAUGGCAGAACGAGAACCAUUUCAAGCCGGGCGUGAUGGCCAGAAAGUGUGGUGAAAGUUCCAAUUUUUACUCACUGAGUCGAAUAGACUUUGAGCUGUAUGAGUAAUUUCUAUAAAUUUAUAUGAAUAGAAGUGCAUUUGAAAAAGGGAAAUCUAUUAGUUUUUCCUAAUUUUACUUAACUUUGUUGGUUCCACCGAUACCAUUAGACUGAAAACUUAGUUUAAAAAUACAUGGUUCUCUAAUUAA